GCUACUCAUAUUAAUAGAUCGUACACGUGUUUAAUUAAAAUGUUUGAUAUGGCAAGGUUGUUCGUGACCAAAAUCUGUUGUCUAGUUUAUGAGUUAUUCUUAAUCUUGUAUUAAGCUUUAGUCGUGUUAUGAUAUGUAGUGAUAAAUUUUAGAAUGCAUAUUCGUAUACUCAAUUGUAUGCAAAAAUGUUAACAUAUUCUAGUUUUAUAAUAAAAACAAUCAAGUAAAACAAAAUAAAACUACCACAACGAAUAAUAUCGUCGGCGAUUAAGCGCUUUAUACAUAUUUGUUUAUUGCCUUUCUAUUUCCAUUAAGUGCAGCUUUUUAUGCUUCUCUAGAGUAAAUUGUUUUAUUUGUAACAUGUAGACAAUAGAAAGUGAUCGACUGAUAUAUUAAAAACAAAACAAUUCCAUGUUACGUAACUAUAUUACAUAUAGAAAACUUUUUUUUAAAGGGGAUUAAAAAACUAGUGGGUCACCGGAUACUAUGUGAAUAGACACCCAAGACCUAGGUAUUGGCAAUAGCUAUUAAGUUCAACAUUUCGAAAAUUGAGUCUUCUUUUAAAUUAAGGUUUUGAAAUUUUAUAGAACAUAUACGAAAAUUAGAAAUUCGAUUUACGACUUCGAAUUUCAAAUGAGAUUUUGUUUUUCCUGCAUUCAGAUUUUUACUUCCUGCGUCCUUUAGGCAUAUGUAUUUUGUGCCAAUGUUAUAUAAAAACUCCGGGGGAAAAGUCAAACCGAAUAUCGUCUCAUUCUUCUAAAUAGGAUAAGUUGUUUAGGCUGUAGGCCGACACAAUGGUAUUUACAUAUACAAACCUAAAUACAUAAAAACAAACUUAUAUGUUCGAUCGAGUUAUAAUUUGUGCUGCGUUAAAUAUUUUUCAUUUGCUUGUAUACUAAAGAUGGUAAUGAUCGUAUUGGAUAUAAUAGUUAAAACAGCGGAAUGAAACAAGAGCGGUUGGUAAAAGUGUGCGGAACAAUUAGAGCGGAGUUGAUCGAGUCACGAUAGGGAUAAUAUGUGAGCUGCACAUUGUGGAGAGAGCUGGCUCAAAGCUAGUACAAAUACAAGAAUAAUGAAUCUAUGAAGCAUUGAUGUUUUUAUUCUUGCAUUGAAACAAAGCUUUAGACGAAAAUACAUUUUUAAAGAUCUUUUCAUUUUUUUUAAAUCGGACAUAUUUUUCCUGGUAAGUAUAUAUAAUAGUUCAAAAUACUUCGUUAUUAAUCCGACGCUAGUUGGUUAUGGAGAAAAAGAUCUCAGGUAUCUAUUAUGCUAUUAAUUACACAUAAAACAACAAGCAGUUAAAUGCAUAGACGCACGUCUGACCCUGUGAAACUUUUCGCCCAUUAUAUUCCAAGAGAAAACAUUUCUCAUGAUGAAAAACGUUUUCACCGCAACGUAGGUCACGGCUCCGCGAGAGACGUGAUAGUAAAUUAAGAUAAGCUGCCGUCAAACGACAAUCGCCACAUAAUUAUAUCGUCCAUUCGUCGUGACUAAACUGAAAUUACCACUGCAUUAGAGAGCAGUGAGGGUUAUUGUGCAUCUACAAUCAGAAGUAUAACAGCGGGCUGCAACCAGCGCCGGCGCACAGUCCGCGCCGCGCCGCCUCGCAACGCCGCAGACACGCGAACCGAAGAAAGUGAAAAUAACCAAACGAAAAUGAUAGUGCUACUGCUUGCCUUUUGCAUUUUCAACCUCGCCGCGUCUAAUCCGGACGAUCAUACAAUACAACUAGAAAAAUAUAACGAUAAAACAAAAACCUAUCAAUUGGAUGUGCCAGGAAAAGAUCCGAUUACGAUAUUUGAGACGGCGCCAGUUCCAAAUUUAGGUCGAAAGUGGGAUCCUCAUGAAGAAAUAAGUAACAAAGAUGUGGAAAUUAAAAAUCUAAUGACGCAUAUUGUUCAUGAUUUUAAUGGCAAUCGCCCCCGUUGUUUCGGUCCGUCCUGUCAAGAAGGAUUCGAUGAAAGCAUAGGCCCUCAGGAUGAUGUCGAAGACAUGUACGUGAACGAAGACCUAGACAAGCUAAGGGAUUAUCGCGACUUCUCAAAAGAUCGUCUUCAAGCUAUUAGUGCAUUAGCGGCAAAGUUGAAAAAAGAUAAAUUAUUUGCGGAUAGAUUUUCAUUAUUACAGGACGAAAAUAUAGACGAUGACAACAGUGGCAAAAUAUAUACAUCUUGGAAUCGAUUAAAAGUGAAACAACACAAACAUCCUUUUGAUGAUAAAGACGGAUGGGUGACAUUGGAACCAGUGGCGUGGUCUACCAGCAAAAUAUCAAAGUGGAAACCGAAUGUUAAAAAACAAAAACCCAAUUCGUGGAAUGACGACGAAGACAGUUUUCCUAGUGAUGAUAAAUUCACAUCCAAUCACGAAAUGGACAUGAGUUACAAUUACCAACAAAAACGACCAAGCUUAAAUCGUCCAGGUUAUAUAAAUAAUAAACUGCAUUUACCAACUGAAUAUGAUUCAGAAUUACCAUCAAAACCAACAUGGACGAAACCGCAACAACACACCACACAUUUUCAAUCUUCAUGGGCACCCGAUGAGAGUCGCCGUCCUCAUAAGCAUAACUGUGAUUCAGUAGAUAAUUACCCAAGUGAAGAUUCGGUAUAUUACGAAAUGCCCGAUACAAUAGUGACUGAUUCUAGACCGACGAAGUUCCCACAUGACUAUGAAGCACUGCACCAAUCAAAUGUAGAAAAAAGACCUUACAGACGUCCGACUAUGUACGGUGGAAUGUCUAAUUAUGACGAUGAUCGUUCUUCGAGGCCACCUUAUGGUGACGGUCAAUGGGUAUUACUUUCAACAACUAAGGGCUAUAGAAAUAAAAAGCGUCAACGAUCGCUAAAUCCAACUGAUGACGAAAAUACAAAUGUCCAAUCGAUAACGGCACAUAAAGCUGUUGGACUAACCGUUUUGCCUGCCGACGAAACCCGUAUUAAUAUGACAACUUCACACGGUGGUUUAUUAGAAGUAGAACGAAGCUUUCAAACAGUAGAAGAGUCUAAAAUUGAAAUGGACAAAAAGAAUGAUUUAGAAGCUUCGGCAUCACAACACAGGCCGGUUAGAACUAAGAUUAUAAAAAGAAAAGUUGUACCAAGUAACUUGCCUGAUAGUUCCACAGUUUUUGCCGCAGUGGGUGCAGGAAUGUUGCCAGCGACAAUGGCUAUGGUUGUUCCUAUGAUGCUUGGACGAAGACGCAAGAGAGACUUAAAUAUGACACCACCAUUGCACUUAGAUGAAUACAUAAGACUACAAAGAAACGAAUAGAUAUAACAAUUUUAAAUUAUUUAUUAUUAAUGUUUGUUUGACUGUGAUCUUUGAUACAUAUUCAUAAUGUAAUGCUACAACUAUAAUAGAUUCUUAUUUUAACUCAAAUCGGUUGAUAGAAAUUUGAUAGAUACGGACUAAGGACCUGUUCUAUCUCUUAUAGUUCUUCGAUAGAAACGAAAUAUUCUUUAUUUUUACUAUAACAGUAUUCUAAUGUAAGUUAAUUUAUAAGUAUUGUUAGUAAAUUAAAUUAUUAAAUAGUUAUUUUGUCGUCAAAGCAUUUAUAUUUAUUUUAUGUGUAAGAGUUCUUCAGUAUCCUAAGUGUAUACAAAUAUGUACUUCAGGUACAUUUUUGUAUACACUUAGUAUAAUCAAUUAUUAAUAUCGUAAUCAGUCAUCACUUUUGGUAGAUUGCGAAACGGUUUCCUAAAACGAUCUUGGCGAUCUCCACAAUAUUAAUCAUAUCCUCUCUAUAUUUAGUGAUAAAUUUUAAGAAGUUAUUGACAGUUAUUUAAAU